UCCCAAGAUUAUAUUUUCCUUUUCUUUUACUAACUCAGUUUAAUUUUCCAUAUUCUCUCACAAUUGUUAAUCUCAAAAUUACAUAACACUGAACAGUUUUACCGACUUAAAAACUUAAAUAUAUAUGUGAGUGUGUGUUAACAAGAAGCACCAAAAACACAACUUUGAUUUACCUUUUUUCUUUGUGUUGAUCAGUUUCUUAGGGAUUAAGAGAAAGCCGUCUGAAACGUAUCGGAGAAGUUAUGGAUCAAAAAGCGUUGGACCAGUGUCCGCCGUUGACAAAGCUCGCCGCUCUGAAACACAAAUUCUUACAACAAGACGAUUUGAGGAGUUACGAACGACCAAAGCGAAAGAUUUCUUCUCCUCCUCGUGAUGAUGAUCCUUCUUCGAAACGCCUACGCAUAAAAUUCCGGCGAGGGAGAGAAGACGGCGAGUGUGAAAACGACACCGUUCUCGAUGAGUCUCCUCCUCCUAGGUUAAAAAGUAGUGAACCUUCUAUACGGCAGCGUUCUACUGGUGACGAAGAUCAUCAAGAAAACGAGUUUACAAGCGAUGCAGUUUUCUAUAAGCCUUGGUUGGAUCACUUGCGAUUGAAACGGCUGCGUUUGGGUGACGGUGAAGAUCCUCCUUCUUCUUCUUCUUCUCCGUCUGUCGAUGAUAUCGCUGCUCUCACUCUCAUCCAGUUUUCCCGUGAUAAACGCCAAACGAAACCACAAACGCUUAUACCACAACCGCAAACGCCAACGCUUAUCCCACAACCGCAAACGCAAAGGCUUAAGCCACAACCGCAAACGCUUAAGCCACAAUCGCAACCGCAACCGCAUACUGAAACUGAAACAACUGAGCCGCAGGGAACGACGUGUGAUUUGUUCGAGUGUAGCGUCUGUGGAAAAGGGUUUACUUCGUAUCAAGCUUUAGGUGGUCACAAGGCCAGCCACAGGGUUAAGCCGCCGCAACCGCUAGUUGAAAACGCUGGAGAAAAAACUCGGGAAAAGUUGUUGGCUCCGUCUGGGAAAAUCCACAAGUGUUCUAUAUGUCAUGUUUUGUUUCCGACGGGACAAGCACUAGGUGGACACAAACGCCGUCACUACGAAGGCGUUCUCGGCGGUCACAAACACGAGGUUGUCCUCAAGUUGAGUCCCAAUCAAGAACAGAGUCUAAGUGUUAGUGACAACGUUGUCAACGGUCUCAAUCAGGAAGAGGUUGUUCCAAGCAGUGACAAGUGUAGUCUCAGUGAUGCGAGUACUGGAAAAAAAUGGCUUGAUCUAGAGCUGAGUCUCAGGAAAAGUGAGGGAGUUGUUGACGCUGAUCACAGACCUAGUCAGGAGGAGGUUGCUGUUGAGGAAAACAAGUGGAGUCCUAGUAGUAAUGGGAGUGGAGUAACAAAUGUGUCGGAUCCAGAGCAGAGCCAAAGGAGAUUGAUAGAUCUUAAUAUCCCACUGUCGCCGGAGUCUGAUGAAUCUGGAAGCGGAGAGGUCGAGGAAGUUGAAAGCACAGCCAAGUAUAAGACAAGAAGAGGUAUGGCUCUGUUAACGCAAUUGAAACAUAUUCUGACGAAGGUGAAUCAAGUUUCGCCGUCGAUGCCUGUGUCCGUUCUGAAGAAACAAUUAGAAUUUGCGAUGCAAGAUUACGAAGAUGGGUUACAGGUCGACGACAAUGUUGUCAUUCAGAAUCUUUUGGAAAAGAUUGAACGUAAUUUUUCGACAACUUGUGAUCAAGAUACUUACUCGGAACGAUUCAUUAAAGCGCUGGAACAGAUCCGGCGCGAAGAAGAUGACGCUGCUUUGGUUGAGACUGGUUACGAAAGUAGCCAACAUUCACAAGGAGUUGACGAAGAUUCUUUCUCACAACACAGAUUCUUGGAAGGACUAGGACAAAAAGAAGAAGAAGGGUUUGGUUACGGCGCCGUUUCGACUAAGACGGGGUUGGAGAGUAGUGUGCAGUCUCAACGACAGCGUUCUGGUGAUGAUGGAGAUUGUUUCUCGGAACAGAGUUCAUCAUUCGUAGAAACUAACGGACGAGGAGAAAAAAAACUAGGCGGGUAUGCUGAGAACGACGCUUUCAUUGAGCUUUUGUUGGAAAAUAUUGUGCAAUCAAGACUACAGCAAAGGCUUUCUUCUUCUGAUGAUGAUGUUAAAGCUCCUUCUUCUUCUUCUUCUUCUUCUCUGUCUGAAGUUGAAAUCGCAACUCGUUCUCACAAAAAGGAACCUCAAAAACAACCGAAACCAAAACCGCAGAUGCUGCCGAAGUCUGAUGCCUACAAGUGCAGUGUCUGUGGAAAAGAGUUUACUUCAUUCCAAGCUUUAGGUGGUCACAAGGCUACUAGCCACAGGGUUAAGCCGCUUCUUAAUGACUCUGGAGAAAAAACAGGGCCAAAGACGUUGGCACCGUCCGGUAAAAUCCACCAGUGUUCUGUAUGUCAUAAAUUGUUUCCGACGGGACCAUCUCUUGGUGGACACAAACGCCUUCACUACCAAGGAGACAAGUUGAGUCCUAGUGGUAAUGCGGAUGUUGCAACAAAUGUAUCUGACCCGAAGCAGAGCCUAGAGGGACUGGUAGAUGUUAAUGAAGUGCCGUCGCGGGGGGAUUUAGUGGAGGUUAAAAGUGCAAAGAUUAAAUUUUUCAACUUUAUUUGAACUGUUUAGCAGUUCUAGAUUGGAGUUUUCUGUUUCUUCAAUAAUAUUCUAGACUAUGUUACUUAA